GAAAACGUAAACGAGCGGAAAGCAGGCGGAUUGUCCAAAAUGGCGCUAUGUUUACAUUUUGUCAUCGAUGAUCUGAAGUCUCAUGGAGCGUUUUGGUGAUUUUAUUCAGCGGGGAGCAUAACCUGACCGAAUCCGACGAUACAACAGAUCUACGAUAAACCCGACCCUCGGCAUAGACAGUUAAAUGUAUUUUUCUCAGCUAGCAUGUUAGCAGGUGGCUAGGCCUGACAUUAGCUAGCAGGAUUCCCCCCCUUUAUAAAAGUUGAAAGUACCUGUUUAAGAUGCAGGCUGUGACGACAGACUGUGCCCUGACAGAGGGCUUACAGGCUUUGGGUGUGAGGGACAAAUCUGCACAGGAUAACACUGAGCAACAGGACACUGACAUGACAGCUGUCACCGCAGAGGACACGACCUCCAAGGAUCCAGCAGAGGAUGACUCUGAUGCAGAUGAUGAAGAAGCACAAAAGGAUGAACCUCAGGCAGACGCCCAGACAGACGACAGAGAGACCAAGCAGGUUGAAGAAGUGGACAACGACUGGGAGAUUGCAUACAGCGACGAGGAAAUGGAAGAUCCCAAAAACUGGAUGCCCCCUCCUGCUGAGAUCAAAAGACUUUAUGAACUCCUUGCGAAAGGGGAGAUGCUGGAAUUGAACUUUGUGCCUCUUCCUCGGAGGCCCCCUACACCCGAACAAACUUCCUCGCCCGAAAAAGAUGAUGAGGAAGAGGCAGCAAAACAACGGGAGUGGGAGGAGAGAGAACGCAAGCCUCCAACUCCAACGGAGUUUGAUUUUGAUGAGGAACAAAUGCAAGCCACUCCAAAAAAUGCCUUCAUCAACAGACGCAGAACACCAGGGUCUUCAGCUCGCUCCUCUGUGAAAAGGGAAGCCCGGCUAGAUAAAGUACUGUCGGACAUGAAGCGCCAUCGCAAAAUUGAGGAGCACAUAAUGCGUACGGGACGAGAUCUCUUCAAAAGUGAAAAGAAACUGGAGGAGGCCCUGUCUCCUAACAGCCAGAAGGAGCGGGAGAAGGAGAGAGAACGAGACAGCAACCCCAACACCAUAUUCUCUCCACGCCAGAGGAGAUACUGAGACCUUAUGAAAUGAGGACAUGCAACGAGACAAAUUCAGCUAAGAACUUUCAAAUGCCUUCGCAAAACUUGAAUUUUUUAUGUAACUGGUUUUGUAUAUUUUAGAUGCUUUUUGUAGGAUGGUAAUAAACAUUUUAAAGCUAGUUAA